AUGACCACGCCGGAUGCCUUCAGGGAUGCCGAGCACUUCGCUGAUGUCUCUGGCAUCCCGGAUGUGGCUGAUUUCGAUGAUCUCGAGCAACCCUUAACACCCGCCCAGCAGGAUCUGAGGCAAAAGGCGCAACGGAAGGCGAAGAUUGCUUUGAUUGAUCGGUUACUGCGCGAGCUCGACAUCGUUAUAUACUGCGAGCUUGCUGCUUUGUAUUAUAUGGAUUGUACCUUUUUCUUAUUUGCGUUACGUGUUAUUAUACAGCUUAUAUUCUUCACGCCGAAAGCGCCUCCCUUCGAGCCUACGAGAAGUCAACCGUACAUUGGCGCCAUAUUUGGCAGUAAUUUUCUGUGCGCGUUCCUACAUAUACUCGCCAUCCAUCCGAGUGCCGGCGAAGAGACACGGGGUUAUCUCCAUGGCGGUCUGUUUAUCGAUUUCGUGGGGCAGAAAGCUCCAGUGUCGCGGAUUCGGCUCGUGAUAUUCGACUUUCUCAUUAUGUUGAUACAUCUGGUUAUGUUGGGCCUGAUAUUAGAACGGGUCCGGACGGAUGUAAAUCGCAAGUCUACUCCGAACGGGUCUCAGGUCACUCCAACAGGGAUGGAGAAUGAUACAAAUCCUGAACAGGAUCAUGAUGCUGAGGAGCGAGGUGUUUUACGAAAUGAAACGAGCAACGAUGAACCAUCCGAAGAACCGCAGGAUUCGAGUCUCGAACGAACGGCUUUGUUGGCUGAACCCGAUGAAGAUGGCUCCAGUCCGGCGACCAGACACGGUCACCCACUUGACACAUUCGUAUCCGGCGAAGCCCUGGUAUUAGAUAUGGGCUUAUUCGAGACGAUACGUGAUCAGUGGAGACACAAUACGGGAAACAGGCCGCGUACUGCGUUUACGCCGUCGCAAGAGACGACUACGUUUUUAAGAGAGCAUCUUGGCGUUAGUGUUGGGCCUGAUGGUCGAGUCCUUAGAUUUCAACGAUGA